AUGGUGAUGAUGAUGAUGAUGAUGAUGAUGAUGAUGAUGAUGAUGAUGAUGAUGAUGAUGAUGAUGAUGAUGAUGAUGAUGAUGAUGAUGAUGAUGAUGAUGAUGAUGAUGAUGAUGAUGAUGAUGAUGAUGAUGAUGAUGAUGAUGAUGAUGAUGAUGAUGAUGAUGAUGAUGAUGAUGAUGAUGAUGAUGAUGAUGAUGAUGAUGAUGAUGAUGAUGAUGAUGAUGAUGAUGAUGAUGAUGAUGAUGAUGAUGAUGAUGAUGAUGAUGAUGAUGAUGAUGAUGAUGAUGAUGAUGAUGAUGAUGAUGAUGAUGAUGAUGAUGAUGAUGAUGAUGAUGAUGAUGAUGAUGAUGAUGCUUUGGAUGAUGAUGAUGAUGAUGCUUUGGAUGAUGAUGAUGAUGAUGAUGAUGAUGAUGAUGAUGAUGAUGAUGAUGAUGAUGAUGAUGAUGAUGAUGAUGAUGAUGAUGAUGAUGAUGAUGAUGAUGAUGAUGAUGAUGAUGAUGAUGAUGAUGAUGAUGAUGAUGAUGAUGAUGAUGAUGAUGAUGAUGAUGAUGAUGAUGAUGAUGAUGAUGAUGAUGAUGAUGAUGAUGAUGAUGAUGAUGAUGAUGAUGAUGAUGAUGAUGAUGAUGAUGAUGAUGAUGAUGAUGAUGAUGAUGAUGAUGAUGAUGAUGAUGAUGAUGAUGAUGAUGAUGAUGAUGAUGAUGAUGAUGAUGAUGAUGAUGAUGAUGAUGAUGAUGAUGAUGAUGAUGAUGAUGAUGAUGAUGAUGAUGAUGAUGAUGAUGAUGAUGAUGAUGAUGAUGAUGAUGAUGAUGAUGAUGAUGAUGAUGAUGAUGAUGAUGAUGAUGAUGAUGAUGAUGAUGAUGAUGAUGAUGAUGAUGAUGAUGAUGAUGAUGAUGAUGAUGAUGAUGAUGAUGAUGAUGAUGAUGAUGAUGAUGAUGAUGAUGAUGAUGAUGAUGAUGAUGAUGAUGAUGAUGAUGAUGAUGAUGAUGAUGAUGAUGAUGAUGAUGAUGAUGAUGAUGAUGAUGAUGAUGAUGAUGAUGAUGAUGAUGAUGAUGAUGAUGAUGAUGAUGAUGAUGAUGAUGAUGAUGAUGAUGAUGAUGAUGAUGAUGAUGAUGAUGAUGAUGAUGAUGAUGAUGAUGAUGAUGAUGAUGAUGAUGAUGAUGAUGAUGAUGAUGAUGAUGAUGAUGAUGAUGAUAUAA